AUGGGGAAAGAUUUCUACAAAAUUCUCGGCGUUUCGAAAAGUGCCAGUGAUGACGAGAUCAAGAAAGCGUACCGCAAGCUUGCUCUGAAAUAUCAUCCGGAUAAGAACAAAUCGCCUCAGGCGGAGGAACGCUUCAAAGAGGUGGCCGAAGCGUACGAGGUGUUGUCGGAUAAGAAAAAGCGCGACAUCUACGACCAGUACGGCGAGGAGGGUCUCAAAGGUGGCGCCGGUGGUAUGCCUGGUGCGGGUCAGAGCGGACAGUUCCAGUACAACUUCCAUGGCGAUCCGCGUGCCACGUUCGCACAAUUCUUCGGCACGAGCGACCCAUUCAGCGUAUUCUUCGGUACGGAUGGCGGUGGCAACAUCUUUCACCAGGAGAUGGAUGGCGAUCCGUUCGGAUUCGACGGACGGGGCAGCGUUGGUGGCUUCCCCGGCGGUGCCUUCCGUUCGCAGUCGUUUAACGUGCACGGAUCACCGCAGCGCAAGCAGAAACUGCAAGACCCAGCGAUCGAGCACGAUUUGUACGUUUCGCUAGAGGACGUUAAUGCGGGAUGCCAGAAGAAGAUGAAGAUUUCGAAGAUGGUGAUGGGCCAGGAUGGGUCGGCACGCAAGGAAGAGAAGAUCCUAAGUAUCAACGUGAAACCGGGCUGGAAGGCGGGCACAAAGAUCACAUUCCCGCGUGAAGGUGACCAGAUUCCUGGCAAGGUCCCGGCCGAUAUUGUGUUUAUCAUCCGCGACAAACCGCACCAGCACUUCAAGCGCGAAGGCAGCGAUAUCAAGUACACGGCAAAGAUAUCGCUGCGGCAGGCACUGUGCGGAACGACGGUGAAUGUACCCACGUUAAGCGGUGAAAUGUUGACCAUCUCAACCGUGGGAGAAGUCGUGAAGCCACACACGGUCAAGCGUCUACAGAAUCGGGGGUUACCAUUCCCGAAGGAACCCAGCCGCAAAGGUGACCUGGUGGUAGGGUUUGACAUCCUUUUCCCCGAAAAGGUGUCCGCAAGCACGAGAGAAAUCCUAACGGAUCUGUUACCAAUGUAA